AUGAAACUUUUCUGUUUAUAUCUAGUCACCUUUUUAACGUCCUCAUACGCCUUCAUCGCUGAUCCAUACAAUAAUCAUAGACAUGAUGGCUAUGACUACGAUUCAUAUUUUGAUAAGGAAUUCGACAGAAGCUUUCUUGGAUUUUAUGAUUAUUCAGAUGAUUACAAGCCAAGAGAUGAUUUUUAUGAUAACACGCCAGCGAUUAAUGAAGGACAUGGAAACGAAGGAGACGGAGAAAGAGGAGGAGCAGGAGGAGAAGGAGGCGGACAAAAUUCUGAAGGAAAUUCAAAUGGUCCUAAUGAACAAGAUAAUCAAAACCACGGUCCUGGUCAUCAUCAUGACCACAGCCAUGGUGAGCAUAACUAUGACUAUGAUGACUACUAUUCCUAUGCACCAUCACCUCCACGUCACCAUUAUUACCAUGACAACUACUAUUACGAUCAAUUAGAUGAUGACGAUGAUGAUGAUAAUGAUGAUGAUCAGGAUCAGGAUCAGGAUCACGGUAAUGCCCGAAAUAAUAAUAAUGGAGGUCAGAACAACAAUAAUAUUAGAACUAACAGUAGCCAUCGUCCACCUCGGCGACAUCGGUAUCAUGAUCGUUAUUUCUAUAGAUAUGACAGACAAGUUAAAGAAUUCGUAUUCGAUGGAAAACCGUUAUAUGUACCUAAAAGACGACAAUAUAAUAAUUAUUACUAUUAUCCAGGAAUUUCUAAAGUAGAAGGUUUUGGAAUUAAGGGUGAUAUAUACGGUGAUCAGAUUAAUAAAACAGAUGAUAAAUAUGAUAGAUAUGGUAAUUACCUACCAGAUUAUCAAAAUGUGAAUAUUGGUCCACGUCCUCAAGUUGGAGACAGUGAUCCCAGAGGACAAGAUAAUAAUGAUGGCCAUCGUAAUGAGGAAUCAGAUGAACACUUUGCAGCUGGUGAGGCUGGUGCGGAUCAACAGAGGGAAAUCAGAGAGGGGGAUAAUGGUGAAGGCAUGCCACGAGAUUUAAAUAAACAACCUGAAAGCCCACCAAAUGAAAGAGGUCAACGACAAAAUGAAAAAAACGAAAACCGAAAAAAGAAUGAUAGAAAGAAGGAUAAAAAGAAAGUCAAGAAGGACAAGAGAAAAUAUUAUCGUUACAACAAUAGAUAUGAUGGUUCAUAUGAUGACUAUGAUUCCUAUGACUACCAAUCAAAUGACAAUGGGAAAACGGAGGAAGACGAAGCAGGAGAUGAAAAUAAUUCCCAAGACGAGCAGACGACAGAGGGUGAUGAAUAA